AUGUCAUCAUCAUGUCACGAAAGAGAUAAAAAUGAUGAGGAGAAGAAUAAAGAGAUGAACGAAAAUAUGAUUUAUACAUUUUAUGAUGUGAAGAUAUUAUUAAAUACCUUUAUUUAUUUAUUUAUAUUAAGAUAUUUUAAAAAUGUUGAGAUAUUUUUUAAUUCUUAUAGGGUAAAGGACAAUGUUGUAAAUUUUAUACGACAUAAAAUUGACGAUUUAUUUAAAAAACAAGUUUUUGAUAGGAACCAUGUAGAAAAGGAGAAUAUGAAAGAUUUAUAUACGUGUGAUGAUGAUAUGAUAAAAAUAAAUGUAGAUAAGUUUGUAUUUAGUGAAGAUGAUAUUCUAUAUAAAAAUCAAAGUAGAAAUAGAAGAAAUGUAUGCAAUAUAUUGAACGAUAAUAAUUUGAUAAGUGAACAGAUAUUAGAUAUGAACAAGAUGUUUGAAUAUGUUAAAAGAAUACAUUUGAAUAUUUUUUUAUUAGUACAUACGAAUGGUAAAAAUGUAGAUUACCCAUAUAAUUUAUUAAAUGUAAAAAUCGAUUUAUAUUUAGAUAAAGAGCUAGCCAGAAUAUAUUCUUCCGAUGGUAUAUUAAUUAAUAAUAAGUGGAAUGGAGAUAUAGAUAGCAUAUUUGAUGAUCAUAAAAAAGAAAAUGGAGAUGAUAUGUUGAAUGAAAAAACAAAAAUAGAAAUUAUAUUAAAGGAUGAAAUAAGAAAGAACAAUAAUAUAUGUGAUGAGAUGAAGAAAGAGAUCUUAAAUAAUUUUUUCAAUAUUAUAAAUUAUCAUUGUAUAGGUAGGAAAGAAAUAAAUGUUAGGGAUUACUUAAAAAUAAUAUAUAAGAAAUAUUUUUGUUACCCUGAGAUGUUAUUAUAUAAAGAAAACAAAACAAUAAAUGAAAUUACCCAAGGAGAAAAUUAUUGUAAUAAUAAUAUUAAUAUUUAUAAUUGUCAUUUUAAUGAUGAUUUAAAUUAUAAAGAGUUGGUAGAAAUAAUAAAUGAUUUAAUAUUUUUUUUAUUUGAAGAUAAUUUUUAUAAUGCUUCUAUUUCUAAAGAAAAUAAAAUAUGUUAUAAAAGGUUGUAUGAACAAUUUAAUAAAAUUAUGAUAAAGUCUAAAAUCAUAAAAUUAAAUGAAGAAAUGUUAUCUUAUUUGUUGAUAGAUUCGAUAUUUAUACCAGACUAUGUUCAUAAAAAUACGUUUAAGCAGGUGGAUGAAUAUAUCUAUUCAUCGUUUUCUUCAUAUUCGGAACGUGAAGAAUCUGAAAAAAAAAAAAAAAAAAAAAAAAAAAAAAAAACAAACAGGAUAAAUAAUCAGUGUGAGGAUAAUUCGGAGGGGGAUACACAUAUGGAAGGAAAAAAAAUAAAAAACAAAAAUAAUAAUAAUAAUGAUAAUUAUGAUAAUGAUAAUAAUAAUUGUUGCUUUCCUGUUUUGGGAAAUGAACAUACAGAUAAUGAGGAGGAAGAUAAAAAGGAAGAUAUGGAAUAUCAAGAAAUUAUAAAAAUAUUUCAAAAUAAAAAUUUUCGUCUUAUUUUAGAAGAUAUAGAAAAUGAAAUAAAUAAAUUAAAUAAUAGUGUAUUUUUAAGAAUUAAUCAUAAAAAUGUAAGAGGAGGGUGUUUUGUAAAUAAUUAUAGUUUAGAAGUAAAGACAUUAUAUGAUGCACUAUUAGUUUUAAAAAGUUGUACAGGUAUUUAUAAAAUGAUAAAAAGGAAUAUUGAUGAGGAAGCAGAAAAAGAAAAGAAAGAAAAUGAAAAAAAUGAAGAAAAUGGAAAAAAUGAAAAAAAUGAAGAAAAUGGAAAAAAUGAAAAAAAUGAAGAAAAUGGAAAAAAUGAAAAAAAUGAAGAAAAUGGAAAAAAUGAAAAAAAUGAAGAAAAUGGAAAAAAUGGAAAAAAUGAAAAAAAUAUAGAUAAUAUUGAUAAGAUAGAAAAGAAAGAUCAUUAUUUAAUAUUGUCCAAAUAUGUUAAUAUUAAUAUAUGUUUUUUAUUUGAUGUAUAUGUAUAUGACAAUAAUAUAAUAGGUAUAUCACAAAAAUAUUUAAAUUAUUAUUUUCCCUUUCUGAAUGAUCCAGAUGUUAUUAUAGAUACUAUAAAUCUUAUAAAAAAUAUGUUUGAAAAAAAUUUAAAAAACAAAUUUUUUUGUAAUAAUUAUAUUUUUCAAGUUUAUAUACAUACAUUUAAAAAAACCAAAAAAAAAAAGUUACUGUUAAUUAAUUCAAAAAGUUGGUUAUAUAAAAAUAAGCAUCCAUAUUUUACUAAUCGCUUUUUAAAAUAUUAUAUAUAUACAGACUAUGCAGGUGUUAGAAUACCGGAUGAAAAAUAUAUGGAAAAGGGAAUAUAUAAAUAUAAAUAUGAUUAUAUUGAUCAGACAGAUAGUCAUAAAAUGUUAAACAAGGAAACUACAAAGGAUACAUCAUGGCUGAAUAAGCAAAAUGAAAAUGACGAAUUUGAUUUUUAUUUGUAUGAUGACAUAUUAUAUUAUUGUAUAGUAAAAAAUGAUAGUAUAUAUAAAAAAAACACAAACAUAUAUCCGAAGGAUUUGAAUUAUAUCAAGGAAGGAGAAAUCGACAUCGAUAAUUUAAUAGACACAAUGAAACGAGAAAAUAAUAUCCAGUAA